AUGGAGCCACACUUUCGCGGGAGCCGGAGUGGCAGGAAGACAGGUCCGUUGACUUUGUCGUUGAUCACAGUUUGCCUGGCAUCAUGGGCAUGCUGGAUUGCUGGUGCCAGUGCCAGUGGUUUUGCUUCGUCUGCUAGAUUUGGGCGGCGAAUCAACAGCAAAUUGGAAGCUAAGAUCAGUAGUCAAGGAUGCAGUUAUUCGCAUCAAGAAAAAUAUUUUGAGCAAAAGGUUGAUCAUUUCAGCUUUACCAACCAGGAUACAUUUCAGAUGCGUUAUCUGAUUUCAGAUGAAUUCUGGAUGAAAGGUGGACCAAUAUUCCUGUACACAGGCAACGAGGGAGACAUUAACAUGUUUUGUGAAAAUAGUGGUCUUGUAUGGGACUUGGCUGUUGAAUACAAGGCUAUUGUCAUAUUUGCUGAGCAUCGUUACUAUGGGAAAUCCCUGCCGUAUGGGAAUGAUUCAUACAAGGAUGCCGCCCACCUUGGUUACCUGACGUCUGAGCAAGCCCUUGCAGACUUUACAGUCUUUCUUGACUGGUACAAGGCCAACUCACUAGGUGAUGUCUCAGGCUCUCCCGUUAUUGCAUUCGGAGGCUCAUACGGAGGGAUGUUGGCUGCCUGGAUGCGUAUGAAGUAUCCUAAUGCCAUCGCAGGAGCGAUAGCUGCUUCGGCCCCAAUAUGGCAGUUUACCGGCCUGACUCCAUGCAACUCACAAUUUGUUACGAUCAGUAAAGAUUUCCAGGCUGCCAGUCAACUUUGUUAUGAUUCGGUCCACAAGAGCUGGGAUGUUAUCAAGCGACUUGGCCAAUCUGUAUCUGGUCGUACAAAACUCACAGGAAUCAUGAGACUAUGUAACCCUCUGAAGACGACAUCUGAUGUGAAUGGUUUAAUAUCAUGGUUAACAGAUACCUGGUUCAAUCUAGCGAUGGUUGACUAUCCUUACCCAGCCAACUUCCUGGAACCACUUCCCGCUUUCCCAAUUAAGGAGGUGUGUUCAUACUUCAAGACUCCCUCUCCAACUGACGAUCAGCUCCUGGAGGAGCUGACUGGAGCUCUUGGUCUCUAUUAUAACUACACUGGUAACACUCAGUGUUUUAAUCUCAGUCAAGAUGCCACAGCUAGCCUUGGAGAGCUAGGAUGGAGUUUCCAGUCCUGUACCGAAAUGAUAAUGCCAUCUUGUGCAGAUGGAAUCAAUGACAUGUUUUACUCCAUGCCCUGGGAUUAUGAUGCACAGGUUGCUGCCUGCAGGGCACAGUGGAACGUAACGCCACAUCCACAUUGGAUCGUAACUCAGUUUGGGGGGAAGAACAUCACUGCUUCUAGUAAUAUAUUUUUCAGUAAUGGACUUUUGGACCCCUGGCAUGACGGCGGGGUGCUCACCAAUCUGACUGAUACCCUCGUCGCUGGAAUCAUACCCGAUGGGGCCCACCAUCUUGAUCUCAGAGGGAAGAACAAGUUAGAUCCUCCCUCGGUGAUAGCCAUUAGAAACCAAGAGAGGGAGAAUAUCAACCGAUGGAUAGCACAGUGGUGGCAGGUCAAGCGUAAAAGCAGUUGAUUUUUAAUCAAAAUAACAUAAGUCACCUAUAUCUGAAUUUGUAAUGUAACAUCAGUGUAAUAUGUAGUGAAUUUCAAAUAAAAUCAUUCUUUUUACUUAUAAAUUUCUUGCCUGUGAGAACUGUUUUUAUAAUGUAUUUUGUUGCAAUAAUUUUAGAUGGUAAAUUAUGAGGUUGCACAGCAAUAGAAUGACUAUUUGAAGUAAACUUGAAUAAGCCAGUGUGUAGUUUCAUUCUGCACAUGAUCAGAAGAUGGUCAUUUGAACUCAAAUGGCAUGGUGGUUUAAUAUUUAAUGAGACAAGCAACAAUUCAUAUAUUCUUUUAAAUUGUGCUUUUCAUUAGAUCCACUAGAAAACAAUGCAUCCACUAGCGACUGGUUUUUAGCAGAUGGCCAAAUACAUUGUAAUAAGCCAGUUCGUAGUUCCAUUCUGCACAUGAUCAAAAGAUUCUACGCAUAAUCAGAAGAAUGUCAUUUGUA